AUGUUGUACGUUGACCCACACCAACGAAUCACGGCGGCCAACAUAUUGCAACAUGCCUGGAUUACGCAACGCCACCUGCUCCCGCAUUCAAAGAUACAGUUCAAGACAGACCCUUCGGCAGUGAAGGCUGCUGUAAUGGCCACAUACAAGGCGAUCAAGAAACCGCAAUUGGCUCCACCCCUGGAACCCGUUAGCGCUUCGAUGCUAGCUCAACGUCGUGUAAAAUCAAAAGUGAGCUCAGUGUUUUGA